GGUCUAACACCCUAUAUCUGUGCCCCCUCAGACCACCGUCCCCCCCGUGGGGCUGAACUUCAACCGUUUCACGGAGGAUUCCCUAUUGAGACACGCUCAGUUCGUGGUGGAGCAGGUGGAAAGUUACGACGAGGCCGGGGACAGCGACGAGCCCCCCGUCCUCAUCACCCCCUGCAUGAGGGACCUCAUCAAACUGGCCGGGGUCACCCUGGGGAAGAGACGCGCGGUGCGGCGCCAGGCCAUCCGUCACCCCACGCGCAUCGACAAGGACAAGGGUCCCACCAAAGCCACCACCACCAAGUUGGUUUAUCUCAUCUUCGACACCUUCUUCUCGGAGCAGAUCGAGAAGGACGAGAGGGAGGACGACAAAGAGAACGGCACCAAGAGGCGGCGCUGCGGGGUCUGCGAGGUCUGCCAGCAGCCCGAGUGUGGGACGUGCAAGGCCUGCCAGAACAUGGUCAAGUUCGGGGGCAGCGGCCGCAGCAAACAGGCCUGUCUGCAGAGGAGGUCUGCCCCACUGCGCCCCAUAGAACCCCAUUAACCCCCAUAUAAACCCCA